ACCAAGAGGAAGAGUGCUCGAAUGUGAGGAUAGUGUGCUAUUGUUGAAACCAGAGUGUUCCUGUUUCCCUCUCUGUUUCUCCUACAAUCCUGGUGAACUUGCAAAUAUUACGCGCGACUCGACAAAUCGGCAAACGAGGGGAAAGAAAGAAAAACAAGUUGAACAAGACACGAUCGAGAUAUCGGAUGGAAAAGUGAGAACCGUUCGUGACAAGUGCAGUCAGCUACCCCCGGCUUCAAGGUCGUGGAAUGACACAUAAGAUUACCUCGAGCGACGAGCAGGCGCAAGAACGCGGGUGACAGAGGCGGUGUGAUGAGCGGAUAUCUCGGUAGCGUCACCCUGCCCCCGACGUUGCUGCACGACCCCAAGUAUCCUCCAGCCAUGCGGGAGAAGGACUCGAGUCCGAGGAAAAUGCCGGGGCACAUCAGCCCGAAGCAAGCCAGCAUAUACCCGCUGAGCGUUCGCGUACCGGACGUCGAGGAGUUGCCCUACGACUUGAGCCACGGACACGGCCGUGGGCUAUCGAGUCCUACGAAUCAACAGCAACAUCAGCAACAACCCCACAUGAGUCCCGCGGCCAGGCCGCCCCAACCGCACCACCAUCAGGACGAUCUCGACUGCGAGCCGCUCGAUCUCCGCGUCGAUCGAAAGAAGGAGAGGCUCAGAGACGAAAAUCAGAACGAGAUAGAGGUCCUUAAUCGGAACAGCCUCGGCGGUAGUCUUCCUUACCACACGGUACUGUUUCCUCAACACCACGCGGUCCAUCCGUUGGUCCUCGAAGCCAUGUAUCGGUCGCACCAUCAUGGCUCACCGGUUCCAGACUUGCCUAAAAUUCAAGUCAGAGCUUUGCCCACCAUGGUGCCGUUGCCUCCCAAUAGAUUUUCCUCGACAACUUCGACCACCUCGUCUUCCUCCUCUUCGCAGGCCGCCGCGAGAAUACCGAGUCCCGCGAGCGGCCAACAGCAGCAACAGCAGCAGCAGCAGCAGCAGCAACAGAGCCAUCCGUGUCAACAGCAACAGCAACAGCAGAGUCAUCCGAGUCAGCAGCAACAGCAGCAACAACAACAACAAAGUCAUCCGAGUCAGCAGCAGCAGCAAACCUCUUCCAGUCUUCCACCAUACUCGAUCGGCGUUCAAGCUGGUCUGAAACCAAAAGACAGAUACUCGUGCAAGUUUUGUGGCAAAGUGUUUCCUAGAUCGGCGAACCUGACGCGACACCUGAGAACGCACACCGGCGAACAACCGUACAAGUGUAAAUACUGCGAGAGGAGCUUCAGCAUAUCCAGCAAUCUUCAGCGCCAUGUGCGGAAUAUCCACAACAAGGAGAAACCGUUCAAGUGUCCGUUGUGCGAACGGUGUUUCGGGCAACAAACCAACUUGGACAGACACCUGAAGAAACACGACGCGGACGGACCGACGAUACUGGACGAGGUCAGAUCGAGGUACCACGGUCAGCUACCGAGAGCGGACGAGUCUUAUUUCGAGGAGAUUCGCAGUUUCAUGGGUAAAAUCACCUCGCAGAGACAGGGAAUACCUUAUUUCUCCGGGCUGUUGGGUCACGGGCCGGACGACUUCAGGACCGACAAACAACAACUUCAGCUCGAAGAGAAGAGGGGUGACUCUUCGUACUUCAGCGAUCGAGAUAAUCUUAGCUCUAGGUCGAGCAGCACCGCCAGCAGACCCGAGAGCGUCCAGGAGGAACAAAGAGAGAUCAAUUCGCCACCCCUGUCGCCUGGGAAUAACACCUGAAGCAAACAACACGAUCGUGCGUCCGAGCGAAACUCGCCGGACGCGCGGUUAGUUUAGAGGUCGAAAUGUCCCUGCGAGUCGCUACGAUUUUAUAGCGAUCGAAACGUUCACGGAUUCGAUAUGUAUGGAUUUACUCCGGCGAGAAGGGCCAAACAACGCGUCGCACCCCGUUCGGUUAGACUGAUCCGCUCGAAAUGUGGCGGUAAGAUUAGACUCGCGCGAUUACGGAUGCCGGUGCACGUGUAAAUUACGGUGUCGACGAACCAACCUAUGUAUACCCUGUAUACGGGACUAUCGCGUUCUUCGUACAAUUAUCCUAUACAAUUUCAUAACUUUAAAAUCAAGCUUCGUCGCGAUCAAUUUAUUCAAUUAUUUCGCACGAGAUCUACAUACGUAUAUUCGCUGCGAAUAUCGAUGGAGAAAAAAAAUCCUAUGCGUCGUUGAAAGACCAACAGGUGCCUUAAACGAGA